CACUGUAUGCGCAUGCGUCGUUCCGACUCGCUCAUGCACUCGUCAACCGCGCACCGUUAUCUGGGCCAAACUGUCAUCUAGAUCCCAUCUUCCCCAGCCGAAAACCGGGCUUUCUCAAACCACACACGGCGGGCCUCGGUGAUUUUCUCAGCGGGCCAAACGGAGAGCAUACCUCCUCUGUUUUCCCAAGAAGAGAAAAAGCUUUUAUCGGGACAUUUUCUCUGCAAUUAACAAGCAGGCGCAAGAUGAAGCUGGACAGGGGUUGGAUAUGGGGCCUGCUGCUCCUGUUCUCCCUUGCUGGGGCAGCUGCGGCAGCCCAGGAGAAGCAGUUGGAGCUUGAUGUUUCAGACAUCGAUGAAGAUAUGGGGUUGGACAAUGAGGAAUUGAAUGUUCUGCUGGAAGGAGAGGAAGAGGAGAUGGAGGAGGAGGAGGAGGAUGAGGCGACAGUGAUGGAUGAAGAUCAAGCUGAUAAGACAGACGGAACAGCCAGUGGGACGGCUGGAGUGGAUGCUAAUGUCUCCUUCCAGGUAACUUACAAGACUCCUGUUCCCACUGGAGAAGUCUACUUUGCAGAGACGUUUGAUGAUGGAUCCCUGGACAGAUGGCAGCAGUCAAAGACAGUUAAGGGGGUUGUCUCCUCUCCGGCUGUAGGGAAGUGGGCUGUGGAGCAGCUGAAGGAGAACAAGAUUCCAGGAGACAAAGGUCUGGUGCUCAAGUCCCGGGCCAAACACCACGCCAUCUCCUCCAUGCUGAACAAACCCUUUGUCUUCCAGGACGAUACUCUGGUCGUACAGUAUGAGGUGAAUUUCCAGGAUGGUAUUGACUGUGGUGGCGCAUACAUCAAACUGCUCUCUGACACCGGCGAUCUCAAUCUGGAGCAGUUCCAAGACCGUACCGCCUACAGCCUCAUGUUUGGACCCGACAAGUGUGGUGAGGACUACAAGCUGCACUUCAUCUUCCGCCACCUCAACCCUCUGAACAAAGACACGGAGGAGAAGCACGCCAAGAGGGCCGACGUGGACCUCAAGAAGUUCUACACUGACAAGAAGACUCACCUCUAUACUUUGGUCCUGAACCCAGACAACAGUUACGAGAUGUUCAUCGACCAGUCCAGCGUGAGCCGCGGCAGUCUGCUGCACGACGUCAUUCCUCCGGUCAACCCCCCCAAAGAGAUCGAUGACCCAUCUGACUCCAAGCCCGAGGACUGGGACGAGAGGGCCAAGAUGCCUGAUCCUGAGGCCGUCAAACCAGAAGACUGGUGAGUACAAACCUUGUA